GACCGGGCGCCCACAUGCAGAAGAGGAUGGGCGAGGCGGUGGCCCGUGUGGCCAGGAAGGUGAACGACACGGUGGAGAACAAAACGGAUUCCCUGGAUCUGGCCAACUGCAAGCUGAUGACCUUCCCUGUUGGAAUCUACAAAGCCAUGAGGAGCGUCACCGAGGGGAUCCAUCGCAUCUCCCUGGCAAACAACGAGCUCAAGUCCAUCACCAGCCGAUUUGUCACCACCUUCAGCCAGCUGAGAGAACUCAACCUGGCAGGCAACUACCUGCACCGCCUGCCCGAGGAAAUCACCUCCCUGCUGCACCUCCGGGCCAUCGACCUCUCCCGAAACAGGUUCCGGCGCUUCCCCGAGCCCCUGGCCACUGUCCCCUCCCUGGAGACCAUCGACCUGGAAGAGAAUGAGAUUGCAGCUCCGCGCUGUCUUUGCAGAGGUGCCGACGGAGAAGUUGGCGUCCAUGGCAUCGCUGCGGAGCCUCAACCUGCGGGACAACCCCGUCGGCCCCGAGGUGCGGCUGCUCGUCCGGCCCCUCGUCCCCUUCGACCUGCUGCUGUCACCAGAGGAGCCCAUCCCUGAAGCCUGACAGGGUCUCGGGGUGCCCAGGCGAGCUGUCCCGAGGGGCGACUGCCCACGGGAGUGGUUUGGCUUAGGUCAGUCCCUGCUGCGCCCCUAUUCCUGUCCCAAACCUGCGGCGAGGCAGCCAGUCCCUCAUUUUACUUUAAUUAAAAGCGAGCAGCGGGGCUCCUCCGUGAGCGGAUGGCUCUGCCGGCUCCCGAGCCAGGGAAUCUCCCGCUUGUGUGUUCGGGGGAUGCAGAGGAGCUGCAGCGCAUGCGGUGCGAGGUUUGGGUAAAGCCGGGGGAAGUUGGAUAUUCGGCUCCAUCCUUCCUGCCUGGGCGGCGAUGGGGAGCAGCCGGGAUGGUGGGGGACAUCCCCGGGGCCGCAAGGGUUCGCCCUGGAAUUGCCGACAUCUCGGUGUGCCAAGUGCCUGAUUAAACGCUUUCCUGUUACACCGAG